AUGCCACCACCCAAAAUAGACAAAGCUUUCGCCUUCACCCUUCUACCAGUGCUGAGUCUCGAUGACAAUGUCUGGGACUUUAGCGUACCAAAUCUCCCGUCAGCUUCUCUUCUGAAGGAUGCGGGUUACAUCAAAGCCAUCAGCAUCCGCACCGAUCUCAAAGACUGCAAACACUCGAUGGUCCUGACCCUCCAAGCCAACAGCCCGAACCGCGCCACUGCCCAACACUCGCCCGAUAUUCUGCUUCUCCUUUCGCUAGAGUCAUUCAAACCACUCAUCGUCGGCGCCGCAGCAAAAGAACAUCUUCCAGCGCCAGAUCUUCAGCCGCGAACGCGACAGGAAGUUUCCGACUAUAGCAUCAGAUGUCUACGUGCUGGAAUCUCCAUCAAUGGCGUGCACUACAAUUUCUAUGGCCAUAGCAACAGUCAGCUCAAAUCGCGAUCAUGUUUUCUUCUCGCAGCAACAAAAGAAGGAAUCUCCCGACAAAUUGAGUCGCUCGGGGAUUUUACCAAGAUGAAAACCGUCGGAAAGAAAGCCAAACGCAUCGGUCUACUUUUCUCAUCUGCCAAAACUGCCAUGACCAUCAAUCCCGACCGGUGCGAAGAUAUUCCAGACGUUGAGACAGCCGACUACAUUUUUACUGAUGGAUGUGGUUUGAUUGCGCCAAGUCUUGCACAGGAACUCUCGCGACGAACUCGAAUCAUCUUUCGCGAUACUCGAUACACACCUUCAGUCUUUCAAAUCCGCUAUCGUGGAUACAAAGGUGUGGUCACAGUCGAUACGCGUAUGAAGAAGCAGAAAGCUCUGCUCAAAUUUCGAAAGUCGAUGAAGAAGUUCAGUGGCGGCGAUGAUCAUUCUUUUGCACCCUUCUCCUACGGUUUCCUCAACGACGAGACCAUCAUUCUUCUCCAUGCUCUGGGUAUCUCUCAAGAAACCCUUCUCGCAAAACAACGCCGCCACUUUGACCUACUCAGAAACGCCAAGACCGAUCAUCGUGACGCAUUUCGUCUCUUGAGCUAUUCCAAUCGACCCGACCUUGCCGAACGUGUCCUCCUCGAUGGAAGCGAUAGCAUCAAGCCUCAAAUCAACAGCAUAGUCAACGCUGAGCUGAAGAAAAUGCUAAACAAGAAAGACGGACAGCGAUGUCGUAUUUUUGUUCAAAAGUCGCGCUUGCUCUUUGGCGUUUGUGACGCGUGGGAUGUCCUACGCGAAGGUGAAGUUGCAGUGAAAGUCACGAUGGAAGAGACUGGAGUACCGCAUGCUCUGAAGAACACUGAGGUCACCGUCAUCCGAAAUCCAUGUCUUCAUCCUGGUGAUUGGCAAAAGUUCAAGGUUGUUGAACGGCCUGAGCUUGCUCAUCUGACGGAUUGUAUCGUGUUUUCGACAAGAGGGAAAAGACCAGCUGCGGACAUGAUGUCUGGUGGUGACCUUGAUGGUGAUACUUUCUUUGUCUGCUGGGACCCAGAUCUGAUACCUUCGACUAUCUCAACACCAGCGCUCUACCCCGGUGGUCGAGACCCCAUCACCUUCCGGCCUAUCACAGACGAUGAUCGCCUCGUAUACUUUGCCAAGUACAACAACGCUUCACUCGGCAAAGUCAAGAACCUGUAUCUCGACUGGGCUCGGGCGACAGGACCUAUGAGCGCUCAGUGCCAGGAACUCAACCGUCUGUUCUCCCAGUGUGUAGAUGGGAACCGCAUUCGAAUUCCUGAAAAACUACAAUCUCCUCCAAAAUCGCCAGAUGAUGCUCCUCCAUUUAUACUUGAUAUUCUUCACAGUGAGUCGAGAGACCAAGCACACAGCCUGAGUCUUUCCCAGAACGGUGAUUUGGAUGGGUACGAUAUUGAUGCAAUACAGCUAUUGUUGAGUCGUCAAGAUGUUGCCAUCAGUGAGUUCGAAUGUAUCAAGUUGGCGCAUACAUGGUGCUUGAAGAACAAAACAUCUUUUGAGAAUCUUCUACAUCUAUUUGAUUUCAAUCUUCUCACCGCAGAACAAAAGGCUUGGGUCUUGGCUCACGCACCGCCGUCACCGAGCACUCCUGGUCUAGUUCUAAAUGCCUUGUGUUCAUCUGGAAUACUUGAACCCAAUGAGUUGAAAUACUUUCGCCUGGAUUAUCCUGGCAUCCAAUGGAAAAGGAUGUUCGACUCUUCCAUUGAUCGUCUCGCCACCUUUCAUGACGCCGUUGCUACCAACAUGGAACUCUUUCAUCGCACCCUGAUUGUUUUUCAGCCCGACGAGCGAUUGUCUUUGGCAAUAUACAUACCCAAGAAGAUAGAACGUUCCCAAGACUGCGUCAUCGAUGAUACAGCCAGACUCUUCUCAUUUCCACAUUCCCAAGGGCCCCAAACACAAGCUCGUCUGUCUCUUCCAACCAAGAUGGAUUACCAGGUAUACUGUGAUGGUAGUCUUUUCCAGUUGUAUCAGAAAAGCAAACGAAAUACAUGGGUGUUUAUUAAUCGACCAGGCCAAAAUGAUGAGGACUACCGGGACGAGAAGAACAAAGGUGAUCGGAGGAGGAAGAGACAAGAAGUGGUCGAUCGAGGAGAGCAAGCAGAGGUUGUCGCAAGUGUUGAUCUGGGCAAGUUCAGCGGACAACUUGCAAGGCAUAUCGGACGGGUGAAUCGGUCCCCAGUUACAGCUGCAGAAAUCUAUGUCAUCAGCAAUCGAGAUGUCUCGUCCAUGCGAAAUUUGGAUCUUUGGCUUGAACAGAUCGACACUACCGAGAUUCUACCUCUCUUCUCGAAUGAACCGAAGAUCUACUCUAUCCCUGAUCGUGACAAUGUGUUUUCAACGUCUGAUCCAUCGUGGCUUAUCAGCAUUGUGAAAGGGAAUGAUCUUGCUUUGCUGACAAGCUUGGAGUCCGUGGAUCAAUACCACCAGGUUUUCACCUCGGUCCGAAAAGCAAACGAUACGGAGUUUAUGCUACGGUGUUUCCAACACAUUCUUGAAAAUAUCCAGAUUUCUGCUGUGGACUCGAAGGAAAUACUGAACGCAAUGCUUGAAAUUCUGGUUAGUGAGCCUGUAUUGGCGAUAUCUUUCACGCCGUUCCUUUCCGACGCUUGUACGGACAAAGACCCGGAUCUAGUCAGCCUAGUAGAAGCCUCAUUACUACCGAUCCUCCGAGCAUUCAUUCUGUCAUCUAACACAAUGGAUAAUCUAAUCUUGGAACCCCUCAAAGCCAUUAUCUCCAACAUCUCACUAGGAAGCCUAUCAACAAGUGACAUAGUCGACCUUCUCGAGCUUGCAGCCUUGACAAUACGAUCAACUGACCUCGCUUUGGACUUGUUUCUGGAUAUCCUACAGCCCAACGCACCGCGUUUCAUGACCGCAGAUGUCAAAGUGGCCAAAUAUCUGCUACGUAAUCUGAUGGCAAUUGCCGUGGAGCAUAUCGAGGAAGCCAACGCCGAAGCAAAACGGCUACCUGGCCUGUUGGAAAUGAAGCUAUCGCCCAAAGACAAGGACGGCAGUCUUGUGGAUAUUGACUUCAGGAUCGACGCGACUGGGACCCCGAAACAAGGAUCACACGUGCGUUUGACGACUGCAUCACUUCCGGAAAACGUGCUGGUCGGUGACAAUUAUUCGAUUGACGCUCUGGUUGUCUUUGCGGAAACUGGGCGUGCGCGAUUUAAAUGUCUUCAUCCUCUUCCGAACUAUUUCGAACAAUGCUCAUGGGUACUGGAAGAUUGUGGACCAUUCGUCACUUGCAAGUCCAUGACCGAUGCUGUCAAGGAUCUCUGCAUCUACAGGGACAACUGUUGCGGGGUCGCGGAUAUAGUCUUUGGGCUUGAGUCGGCUACCUUCUUGCCACGGUCAGAAGCGACGUGUAGCAAGAUUGACAAAUUGAAUGAGAGCCAGAACAAAGCCAUACAGUUGGCCCUUGAAAGCUCCCUCCUCUGUCUCUGGGGCCCUCCAGGUACUGGAAAGACAGAAACAAUUGUUGAGAUGAUCUGUGCUCUACAGAUCGCCAACGAAAAGGCACGGGUUCUUGUCACUGCACCGACACACAAUGCUGUCGACAAUGUGAUGCGACGCUACAUCAAGCAGAUCCAAGAACAGCCUUUGGCUCGAAAGGUUCAACCCAAUGUGCUAAGAGUGUCUACAGAAGUACACAAAGUUUCCGACGAUCUACGAAAGUAUACUUGCGAUGCUAUGGCAGGUCAAGAGAUCCACGGUGACUACAAAGCCAUGAAAAAGGCCACCCAAAUGAUCAAGGACAGCGAUACAGUAUUCACAACAUGCAUUGGAGCUGGCAUUGGGUUACUCCGAUCAGAGUUUUUCGACAUUGUCAUUGUCGAUGAAGCGUCUCAGCAGACGGAGCCAAGCUCGUUGGUACCUCUUGUCAAGGGCUGCUCAAAGGCUAUUUUGGUUGGUGAUCAUGUGCAACUCCGGCCGACGGUACAGCAGACUUCACUUGCACUGGACUUUGAUGUUUCUCUCUUUGAGAGAUUGUAUACAGAAGCUGGAGGUUCAACUGAAAGUGGUUUCAACACAAUGAUGCUGGACACUCAGUAUCGCAUGCAUCCUAAGCUAUGCGAGUUCAGUUCGGGGGCGUUUUACGAGGGUAAAUUGAAAUCCGGAAUAGGGAUUUCUGACAGGCCGUUGAUCAAAUCGGAAUUUCCAUUCCCACUUGCGGUUUUGACUAAGCAGUCGGGCGAUUCAGGUAAGACAGAUUAUGAACGAGCUAUCUUUGUCAACUGCGACACAAAGGAAAUACAAGGAAAGUCAAAAGAGAACAAAGGACAAGCAGAGCUUUGUCUUCACAUCUGCAAACUACUGACAUCUCAAAACGAUACUCAAUCCAUUGUCGUGCUCACGCCUUAUACCCGACAAGCUGAAUCCUUGAAGCGCAUGUUGCCCUCGACCAUCGAAGUUUCGAGCAUCGAUGGGUUUCAAGGACGCGAGGCGGAUGUUAUUGUCUUUGUAACAGUACGUUGCAAUGAGCAUCGCAGUAUUGGAUUUCUCAAGGAUAUGCGCCGGAUGAAUGUUGCAUUGACGCGUGCAAGGUCGGCAGUUAUUGUGAUUGGACAUCGGGCGACGUUGACGGAGGGCACGGAGGAUGAGGAGAGUUCGGCUAUGUGGAAGUGGUUGCUGAGGAGCUUGACGGAAGUGAAGGUGGAGGUUCCUACUUCUGGAGACGGACCAACCGAUGGACUGAAAGGUCGGUGA